AUGCGGUGCGCGAACAAGGCCGCUGAGAGCGCGUCUGCACGUCUCUGCGCUGUUCAUGAAGACACUCAUGUCUUCACAGAGUACGAGCUCGGUGUCUCGUACUCUCCUGAUACGGAAGACGGAUCCGUAUCGACGGCGAUCGAAUCCAAGCCGCCUGCCAAGCGUGGCAUGGAUGAUGCUUUGCGUCGCAGCAUCUUUGGUUCAUCUGAUUCAUCAGAUGAACCAUCGCCGAAGCGAAGGCGCUCGAGGUCGCGAGACUCGGGCGCUAACAGUGGUGUCGGUUCUCCUAUGGACACCACUUCACAGCGAGGUGCCAGUACUUCUGUCGGCACGUCGCAGGAAGAGCGGGACCGCAAUGUGUUGCGUCUCGCUCCUGAAAAGAAGGCAUGGAUGCCUCCUAAAUCUGUCAUGGAUCACUUGUCGGCGACGACGAGUGAUCGUUAUCGAACACGAUUGUUCGAUUCGUCAAGGAUCCAUCACCUUGACCCCAGUGCGAAAAACUAA